GUGAAGUGUGGCGAACAGGGGCAGGCUGGAAUUCGCUGAGGGUGUGUGGAGGCGGGGAACUGAGAACAGCGACAAACACCUUACAGCUCAGAGCCACAGAGUGAAAGAAGAGGCUUUCCUAUGGCGUGUAAUUGACCAAUUCAAUCUCAUUGGCUUUGGUUGUGCAGGUGAUAGAGAGAGGGAGAGACAGGGGGAAUAUUAAAUAUGGCUGGAAAGUAUCUGCACUUGUACGUAUUCGUAAUGUGCGCGAUUCAAACGAACACUGGAUUUAACAUUGACCUGCAGUUCCCGGUCAUCAAAGAAGGAAAAACCAAGGGCAGUUUAUUUGGAUUUUCUGUUGCAUUGCACAAACAGACCGAAAAGACAAAGAAGAACUUCCUCUUAGUCGGAGCACCCCAAGAAAAAGCCCAGCCCCAACUCAGCAAAUUCAACAUUAAUGAAACCGGAGCCGUGUAUUACUGUCCCAUCACUAUCGAGCAGGAUGACUGCAGGAGGAUGGACAUCAUCAGUCCACAUUCUAAUCAGAAUUCCUGUUGUUCAUCUCUUCUUUCAUGUUGGCAGGCAUGUGGUCAUCGCUACGUAAAAAAACUUCUGGGCGCCGAAGAGCAGCAGCGUAUGGUGGGCAAAUGUUACGUGCGGGGCAACGACCUGACCUACACACACUUUUUUUUUUUUUCCUAUGAAUAGUAGUCUAUUUUUGUAUUUAUUUAUGUCUAUGACCAGAACCUGGAGGGCAUGUGUAACAUGGGCAUCUCAGGGGGCAUGACGGAGAAUGACGUGUACUUUGGGACGCCCGGCAGCUUUGUGUGGCAGGGAACUGUCCAUAUGAAAGAGAGAGACCCCAACUUUGAUUUUGCCGGAGAUGCCCAUGAAAUAAGCUUCGGUAAGCUAGGCGAAGACAGACUCAACAUCUACAUAGGUUACUCUGUGCUGGAGGACAUAAAGUUACUGGAUCGCUCGAAGUACACUGUGGUGACGGGGGCUCCCAGAGACAAUUUCAAAGGUUCAGUGAUCCUGGCAGAAAAACAAGGUUUGCUUCUUAACCCAGUGAUGACGAUCCCAGGGGAACAAAUAGGGUCGUACUUCGGCGGCUGCUUGGCGGUGACCGACCUCAACAAUGACGACUGGAACGACCUGAUCGUUGGAGCUCCGUUCUACUUUGAUCGCAACAAGGAGGAGGGAGGAGCUGUUUACAUCUUUAUGAAUGAGAACGGAUCCUUCCAGGAAAAAGCCAGUUUGCUUCUGAAGGGUAAAAAAGGCUCAGGGUUUGGGUUUGCUGUUGCUGCGGUGGGGGACGUCAAUCAGGACGGAUUUCAAGAUUUAGCUGUUGGUGCUCCGUUCCAAGACUCUGGGAAAGUCUUUAUAUGGAUGGGAAGCAAAAAUGGAAUAACUACGGAACCCAGCCAGGUGAUCGAGGGGAAAUCAUUAGGUCCCAGUGGCUUUCAGACGUUCGGCUACUCUCUCAGUGGAGGACUGGAUAUGGAUGGAAAUGAUUAUCCUGACAUUUUGGUGGGCUCCAUGGAUGACCGCAUCGCUCUCUUGAGGGCUCGUCCGGUCAUCCACCUCUCCCAAAACUUUACAGUAGAGCCAAAGAUUGUGAGUCCAAACCAGUGUGUUAAUUCCUGCAUAAAGGUGAAGGUGUGUUUCAGCUACAAUCUCAGCACUGGAAACACAGCCUUCAAGAAGGACAUCACUGUGAAGUACACAGUAGACUCUGACCCGAAUCGCCGUGUCGCCCGAGUUCGUUUCCUUGACAACAAGCAAAGCACAUUUACAGGCCUGCUGUCUUUCUCCGCUCCUGCAUGUCAAGAGCUGGAACUUUCUGUUAAUACUCCUGUGAGGGACAAACUUCAGCCCAUAGUGUUCACUCUCAACGUGUCUCUGAAUGAGCAGAAAGCAGCAGCACCGCAAACACUGCAGAGUCUGGACGCUUUCCCUGUGCUGAGCGGCCAGCAGAUCCUGACCAACAAAACCGAGAUUAACUUUCAUAAGGAGUGUGGUGUUGACAACAUGUGUAGCAGUAACCUGCAGCUCGAGGCCAAAUUUGCUGAUGAGAAUUACAUUCCUUUCCCCAGUCAGACUAUCGAGUUCAACAGUAGCAUUAAGAAGCUGGUGAUGAUGGUGGAUGUUACUAACAUGCCGGAUGGAGGCAGGCAGGAGGCCGAGGACGCCCAUCAGGCCAUGCUGAGCAUCACCAUUCCCCCCUCACUCAAAUACUCAGGAGUGCGCACCCUGACUGGUUUAGAUAUUGAGUGCAGCGCAGACGAGACUGUGAUAUGCGAUCUGGGAAACCCAUUUAAAAGCAAUCAAAAGACCUCAUUGAUAAUCAUCUUUGAGACUUCUGGUGUAACACUUUACACAAAGAAGAUUGAAUCUCAGCUUCAGCUCUCCACUAUCAGUGAGCAGAAGGAUCUGGAUCCUGUUCCUGUCACUCUCGAUGUGAAGAACACGGUCCUCACUACCUUUUCCCUAGAAAACAAAGUGAUUGACACGACGUUCAGUGGCAGUGUGAUUGGUGAAUCUGCCAUGAGCAGCACCAGUGAUGUGGGGAGUCCGCUGGAGUUUGUGUUUCGUGUGCACAUGCAGGGAGAACCUCUGGGAGAUUUGGGAACUCUGAUGAUUGACUUUGAAUGGCCAUAUGAGGUAGCCAAUGGGAAAUGGCUGCUGUAUCUCACAGAGAUAGUGAUCAAAGGAGCUUCAGAGUCGCGCUGUGUCCCACCGGGGAAGGUUGUCAACCCUCUCAAGCUCACACUGUCAGAUCGAGGUACCAAACGGUCUAAAAGAGGGGUGGAAUCAGGAUAUCCCCAGGCAGAAGCUUCUGUCACUGUCCUGGCACCUCGUAAAGUGCCCCAUUUUCUGGAGUGUUCAAAGCGGACGGCUCGCUGUGUGACCUUCUCCUGCCCGCUGCACAACAUGUCGAGUCAGGCGGAGAUCAGAGUCAGGUCACGCGUGUGGAACAGCACCUUGCUGGAGGAUUACGCCAAUGCCCUGCGAGUAGAAGUGAAGGGCCAGGCCACGCUGAGACUGCUGAAGGAUAAACCGGCCAUCAGAAUGGCCAACAAGACCAGAGAGUUUUUAGUAAACAUUGACCCGGUGCUGGGAGAGGAGACGCCGUAUGAAGUUCCUCUCUGGAUCAUCAUUGUUUCAGCGGUUGCAGGGAUUCUGUUAUUAGGCAUCAUCAGUCUCAUCCUGUGGAAGUGUGGUUUCUUCCGACGGGCCAGCAGGAGGGAGAUGUAUGAGGCCAAAUCCCAGAAAGCAGAAAUAAAGAUCCAGCCCUCUGAGACAGAGAGGCUGACGGAGGAAUUCUGAGCCUGCGGGGGCCCUCGGGCCGCUAUGGCAGCACCGUUAGGGCCCUUCGUGUGGUUUCUUCAAAAGGGCCGUUUACUACAGGAUAAUGCCAAAGUACCACGGUGUGAAAGUACGCAAAGAGGAGCGCUAUAAGUAUAACUUGGCCUUUCAGCCCGAGCAAGAACUGAGCAAGAAACUCUGGGUCACCAACUGGACAAAAAUGCAUGAAUAUUACUACUGACCUCUUCACCUCAGAGCCAGGGGAGCGUGAUGAUUGGAGGAUGUCUUUUAUUAACCCCGCCUCAACUCAACUCAACAGACACUGGACACUAGCGUUUGGAGCCGCCACUCAUGCAGUGAGAACGUUUUGAAAUGUUUGUUGGUCUGUGUGCAAUAUCAUGAUUUGUAGACCAUUAAACCGCUUUCAACAAAGCCCCAGAGUAUUGUCAGCAUUGUCUGGGACAUCCUUGACUUAGUAAUGAGCAACUG